CUUGCUUUUGAACUUUUGCAAUGAGCUUUAACACCAAACAGAGCACCACAACGGUGUACACCAGAGCAAGAAGCAGCAAUGGUAGCAGCACUGCUGGUGGUGGAGUCAGGGUUGUUCCAGCAGUGUCUGCAAGAGACACUGCUAGAUCCAGCAUCUCUAGCAGAAACUAUGGUGGUGGGAUGAGUGGAGGAAGUGGCAUUGAUGGUGGCUUUGGAGUAGGGACUGCUGGUGGUUACGGGUUCAGUGGAGGCAGCACCCGCUUUGUGCAUAGCAAUGGUUGUGGAUUUGGGGUGUGCAAUAGUACCUCCUUGAUCUCCCACGAUGAGAAGAUGACCAUGCAGCACCUCAAUGACCGCUUGGCCUCAUACCUAGACAAGGUACGACGCCUAGAGGAGGAAAACAGGGAGCUGGAGAGCAAAAUCCGAGACUGGUAUGAGCAGCAAGGGCCCAUAGAUGAUCAAAAGGAUUACAGCAGUUACUACCAGCAAAUUGAAGACCUUAAAAACCAGAUAAUUUGUGCCACGGUGGAUAAUAGCAAACUUGUCCUGGAUAUUGAUAAUAACCGGAUGACUGCAGAUGACUUUAGACUGAAGUAUGAGACGGAGCUGGCUCUUAGUCAGAAUGUGGAAGCUGACAUCAAUGGCUUGCGCCAAGUUCUGGAUCAGCUGACCCUUUGCCGGUCCGAUCUGGAGAUGCAACUUGAAUCCCUCCGGGAAGAACUGUGUUGCCUCAAGAAGAACCAUGAGGAGGAAAUAAAGGAACUGAAGAGCCAAGCCAACAGGGAUGUCAGUGUGGAAGUCAAUUCUUGCCCAGGUCCAGACCUGAAGAAGAUCUUGGAAGAUAUGAGAUCCCAGUAUGAAUCCAUGAUUGAGAACAACCGCAGAGAAGUUGAGCAGUGGUAUGAAAAUAAGAUGGAGGAAGUGAAUCGGGAGGUCACCAAUAGCAGCAAAGAAUUUGAAGAUUGCAACAACCAAGUCAUUGAUCUGAAACGCCAGCUGCAGACCUUGGAAAUAGAUCUGCAGGCUCAGUUUAGCCUGAGAGACUCACUGCAGGGCUCUUUGGCUGAGACUGAAUGUCGCUACAACAACCACUUGGGAGAAAUACAAAACCAGAUCUCAGCUUUGGAACAGCAGUUGGCAGACCUGAGGGCGGAGAUGGAGAGCCAGAACCGAGAAUACCGAGAGCUGCUGGACGUUAAGUGUCGCCUGGAACAGGAGAUUCAGACAUAUCGCAGCCUGCUAGAGGGCGGGCAGGAGGACAUAGUCAGCCACAGUAACACCAAAACAGGAGGACUUUCUAGACAACCAAGUGCGAAUCUCAGAACCUCCCACUCUUACAACACCUCUCCUAACCGUGCCCAGCCACUGGUGACUGACAUCAAAGCAUACGUCAGAUAGAUUUCCAAAGCAGCACCUCCAUAAGAAGUGGUCUAUAGCCUGCUGAACUCACGAAAGCCAAGUACCCAUUGAUGGGCUGCCUCUGGGCUCACCAUAUUACUUUCUUCUUCUAGAAAACUUGGUGGUUCCUACCAUUGUUCUGUGUGUUAAUCAACAAAUCUUUA